AUGCCUAGCACCCAGCUUUUGAAGCGUGAUUGGGAGAAGGACCACGUCUAUUUGGUUCAGUUCCCUCGCACCGCUGCGAUUCCAACACCUUCUCCAUUUACAUUGAAACUUGAAACAUGGCUUCGGAUGAAUGAUAUUCCAUAUACGAAUAUCGAUAAUCAAUUUUCGAAGAAGUCGGCGAAAGGACAAAUUCCUUUCAUAGAACUAAACGGACGCCAAAUUCCCGACAGCAACAUAAUCAUUGAUCAUCUUAUUGAACAUUUUGACAAGGGACAUGCUGACAAAAACCUCUCAGCUGCUGAUAAGGCAAUCUCUCGAGCGUUUUUUACACUUAUAGAACAUCAUAUAUGUUGGACUAUGUUCUACUCGCGAUCGAGAGACUGUUCUUGGCUGGCUACUGAACAAGGGUUCUUGAAGCAUCUUUCUGGCAUCAAGGCAUUUGCAUUUAAAAACAUUAUGGUUGGACAACUUGAGAAGAAGCUCAAAAAGAAAUGUGGGAGCCAUGGUAUUGGGCUUUUGACAAAAGAGGAGGUUAUUGCGGACACCAAAAAGGAUUUGGAGGCUCUUUCGGUUCAACUAGGAGAGAAGAAAUAUUUAUUUGGAGAUGUGCCAACAACGCUCGACGCCACAGCUUUUGGUCACCUAUCAGAGAUCUAUUAUGCUCCACUCUUCACUGACGAAUUAAACAAUUAUAUGGAUUCAUCAACACCAAAUUUGGUAAAAUAUUUGAACCGCAUUAAGGAGAUAUAUUGGCCAGAUUGGGAAGAAGCUUGCACGACUCAAAGUUUAAACACAAAAUUCAAAUAA